AUUUCAGAGAAUAGUAUGUGGAUUUAAGCGCAGAAUAUUGCGCAAGUCUACAAAUAGUAUAGGGUUACACUGUCGGUGUAAGGUGUGCUGCCGGGUAGAGAAGGCUACGGUUCAGCGGCUGAAGAUAGUAAGUGAUUAUGUAGGGAUAUAUCUCGCUGGCGGACACCUGGAUGAAUACUGCUUGUUCAAGCUUCGGCCACUAUGACUUACAAGUACAAAAUAUGUUUCGUCACAUGCCUGGCAACAUCUCUUGCUGCUGUAGCUUUCUACGUGACAAGUGCUCGAUUACUAGAUGUGCGUCCAUUACAAACGUCCAGUUCAACAACACUGAAGACAAGACAAGUGUCCCUCUUUGAGGUGUCUCUCAAGCAUCCUCUCGUGCUUCAUAGACGGAGUGUGAACAUUACUUCAGCAGGUUACGAAACGCGGAAACGUAUUGUGUGGAUGAACGUCCCAUCUUGGUACAAGACUGUAAAGUCCUUUGACCACUGUUACCUUCGUUCGUGUGAAAUAAGUACGAACGAGGCACACAUUUCAUCUGCGGAUGCUGUGAUUGUCAAUGGCGUUAAUUUGCCUUCAUCAAAACACCCAAACACCAACAUGAACCAGGUGUGGAUUAUGUAUGGGUGGGAAGCACCUCUUCACUAUGAUUCAAACACGAUUUUCCGUUCUGACUGGAAUGGACGUUUUAACUGGACAUUGACGUACCGCCUGGAUUCGGAUAUACCCUUUCCUUACAAUAGGAUCUUGUAUACAGGAGGCACUGUGAAUAUACGUGAUGUUCUAAGACGAAAAAGCAGAUCAGUAGCAUGGUUUGUUAGUAACUGUGGUACACCGUCAAAGAGGGAAGUGUAUGUGAAGGAACUGCAAAAAUAUAUUGAUGUUGACAUCUAUGGUGCCUGCAGACAUAACAAGAGUUUUGACUGCCCCAAAGAAAGGUCCUUCGAUUGUUUUGGCCUGUUAAACACAACGUAUAGGUUUUACCUUUCGUUUGAAAAUUCCCUUUGUAAAGACUAUAUCACAGAAAAGUUUUACAACACGUUCAUGACUUCAGCUAUUCCCAUCGUUCGUGGAGGCGCUGACUAUACACGUCUUCUACCAGAAGGAACCUUCAUCAACACGGCAUCCUUUGACAGUCCCAAGAGUUUGGCAAAUUAUAUCAGAUAUUUGGAGAGAAACGAGACAGCUAUUGGUGAUAUUCUGCAAAAGAAGCACAAGUAUGCAUACAUUAACUCAGAAAGAACGAACUUUGAUUGGAGGUGUCAGCUGUGUGCCAAGUUACAUGGUAAUAUUACAACAACGCAUUACACAGAUAUGAAAGAGUGGUUAAAGACUGGAAAAUGCCAAGAACAGCCAAAAGAUCUGCCCUAAUGCUUGGUGUUGUUAGAAACUUGUCCUAAUCGGUAGAUAUCAUAACGUGAAUUGCAAA